AUGUCAGAGGUAAAGAUUGAUCCCGUGGCCUUCAAGAACAGGCUUGGGGCCAUCCAGCGGAAGUUGAACUCUUCAAACGAAAUUUUCCAAGGGAUUACUACCCUUUUGGUCGUGGUGGGUUCAUCCGAUGAGUCUAACCCUUACAAAAAGUCCACAAUUUUGCACAAUUGGCUGCUUGGAUACGAGUUCCCCGCCACAGCCCUUGCGAUCACAAAGAACUCGAUAACCUUUCUAACCUCUGUGGGUAAAGCAAAGUAUCUGACUCCUCUCCAGAACGUCACCACGGUGAAGAUUUUAGCAAGGAACAAGGACUCUGAACACAAUGAGGCCUUGUUUGACCAGUUCAUAGACCAACUAAAGUCAUCGGUUGAUGAUUCAAAACGGUUAGGGGUCAUCACAAAAGACAAGUUCACUGGUAGUUUCUACCAGGAUUGGCUGAAGAAAUGGGACGCCGCCAAGUCUGACUUUGAACUCGUCGAUGUUGCCACCGGAUUGUCACAAGCAACUGAAUACAAGGAUGAGGAAGAACAGAAAUUCAUUCGUACCGCAUCAAAAGCCACUGUUAACAUGAUGACAGUAUUCACUGAUGAGGUGAUCAAUAUCAUUGACGAAGAUUUGAACUUUACCAACAAUCAAGUUGUGGACAAGAUUGAGAACAAAAUCGACGAUACCAAGUUUUGGAAAACUCUGGAGCAAAAUAAGUCCAUGAAAAAACUGGGCGGUGAUUUUGAAAUCGGUCAACUGGAUUGGUGCUACAGACCAAUUGUUCAAAGUGGUGGUAAAUACGAACUCAAGUUCAGUGCCGAGUCAAAUGACGAUAAGCUGACCAGUGGAGUUAUCCUGGCUUCUUUGGGUCUACGUUACAAUUCUUACUGCUCCAACGUUUCAAGAACUCUAUUAAUUGAUCCUUCCAGAGAGAUCAACAAGAAUUACGACUUUUUGUUGGAGUUGAGAUCUUAUAUCAUGAAUCAGAUCAAGGAUGGAGCCGUUUGUAAAGAUGUGUACGCCAAGGCACUGGCUAUGGUUAACAAAGAUAGACCCGAUCUAGCAAAGCAUUUUGUCAAGAACAUUGGAUCCUUGAUUGGUCUUGAGUUCAGAGAUUCAACGAUGGUACUGAAUGCGAAAAAUGACAGGGUGAUUCAUGAUGGAUCUGUAAUCAACUUAGUUUUGGGAUUCCAGCAACUGAAGGAUGAGUCACAGCCACUUGGCACUUACUCCCUGUUGAUUGCUGAUACCGUUAGAAUCACAGGCGGUGAGCCAAUCUUAUUAACUGAUUCUCCAAUCAGUAGAUCUGAAAUUUCGUUUUACUUCAAAGACGAGGAAGGGGAAGACAAAAAGCCUCGGGUGAAAGAUGAACCAACCAGUCGAAAAAUAGAAAAACCUGAAGUCUCUGCUCCUGCUAGGGGCUCCAAAAUUCUAAAGAGUAAACUUCGUAAUGAAACUACCAACACCGAGGAAGAAAAAGAACGUCUUCGCAAGGAAAUUCAAAAACAGCUACAUGAAAAGAUUCAAAAGGAAGGGCUAGCCCGUUUCAACAAGAGUGAUGCCCAAGAUGGAAAUGAAAACCAUGCUGUGUUUAAACGGUACGAAUCAUACGUGAGAGAAUCACAAAUUCCUUCCAAAGUCAAGAAUCUGCGUAUCUCCAUUGAUCCAAAGGCUCAGACUAUUAUACUGCCAAUUUGUGGUAGACCUGUUCCAUUUCAUAUCAACUCCUUCAAGAAUGGAUCAAAAAACGAGGAAGGUGAUUACAUGUAUAUUCGUCUGAACUUCAACUCUCCUGGUAUGGGAUCAAGUGUCAAAAAGACAGAACUCCCUUAUGAGGAUGGGGACGACAAGGAGUUUGUUCGUUCACUGACCUUUAGAUCUACCAAUAAGGAGCGCAUGAGCGAGGUAUUCAAAGCAAUCACAGAAUUGAAGAAAACUGCUGUUAAAAGAGAUCAAGAACGUAAAACAAUGGAAGACGUUGUUGCCCAAGCACAAUUGGUUGAAUUCAAGGGAAGACCAAAGAAAUUGGAGAAUGUCUUUGUACGUCCAGCUCCAGACAGCAAACGAGUUACUGGGACGUUAUUUAUUCACCAAAACGGUAUCCGUUACCAAUCACCCGUUAGAAGCGACCAUCGAGUGGAUAUACUUUUCAGUAACAUCAAACAUCUUUUCUUCCAACCUUGUAAAGAAGAACUGAUGGUAAUCAUUCAUUGCCACUUGAAGACUCCUUUAAUGAUAGGUAAGAAAAAGACUUUUGAUGUGCAAUUCUACAGAGAAGUCAGCGAUGUCACUGUUGAUGAAACAGGUAAUAAAAAGAGAAGAUACAGGUACGGUGAUGAAGAUGAGCUUGAGCAAGAGCAAGAGGAGCGCAGACGUAAGGCCUUGCUGGACAAAGAAUUCAGAAGAUUUGCCGAGGAGAUUAGUGAAGCUUCGAAUGGUCUCUUGGACCUGGAGACACCUUUUAGAGAAUUGGGAUUCACAGGUGUUCCCUUUAGAUCGUCGGUACUGUGUCUACCUACCAGAGAUUGUUUGAUUCAAUUAAUCGACACUCCAUUCUUAGUGGUAACUCUGGAAGAGAUUGAGGUGGCACAUUUGGAAAGAGUUCAAUUUGGAUUGAAGAACUUUGAUUUGGUAUUCGUUUUCAAAGAUUUCAGUAAACCUGUUGUACACAUAAACACGAUCCCAAUUGAGAUGCUUGAAUUCGUCAAACAAUGGCUCACUGACGUGGACAUACCUUACAGUGAGGGCGCAGUUAAUUUGAACUGGGGAACCAUUAUGAAGACUAUCCAAGCAGAUCCUUACGAGUUCUUUGAGAACGGAGGCUGGAGUUUCCUAGGUGGAGGAGAGAGUGACGACGAGGAAAGCGAGGAAGAAGAAAGUGAGUUCCAAGUUAGUGACGAAGAUCCAGAAGACGAGGAUGUCAGCGAAGAAUACUCCGCUGCUGAAGACGGGAGUGACUUUUCGGAAGAGGACGAUAGUGAAGGUUCCAUUGCUGGUAGUGAAGAUGAAAGUGAGGAGGAGUUUUCAGAUUAA